AUGGAACAAAAUUCAUUAUCCAACGACGAUAAUGCAAAUUCCGGUUCAAAGGUACAUAACAAAUCUUUGAUAGAAGAAUUUGAGCAUAAGUUAACAGUUGGGCAAAUAGUAACAAGUCCUGAAAAUGCAUAUCUAUUAUAUUGUGAGUAUGGGCGCAUUAAAGGUUUUAGUGUGAGAAAAGGAAAACAAGAGUAUUUUCAUGAUAAUAGUAGAGAACUUUAUAUGAAGGAGUUUGAAUGUUCUUGUAAAGGUACAAAGGAUGAAAAACGUAGUAAUAAAGGUAAACAACCAAUAUACUUAAAGAUGGAAACGAGAUUUGGUUGUAGAGCGAGGCUUAGAGUUGGAAGAAAAAAGAAUGAAGAGUGGAAAGUUGUUAUUUUUGACAUUGAACAUAAUCAUGACAUGGUCGCACCUGACCAAAGUUAUAUGUUAAGAUCGGCUCGUAAUAUUUCAUAUGUUAAAGGAGAUACUUUAAAAGCACUGGUGGAUGCUGGAUUUUCAGUAGCUAACGCGUAUUCUUAUAUGCAACAAGAAUCACAUGGGAGAGAAAAUGUAGGUUUUGCUAAAAAAGAUGCAUAUAAUUAUAUUAAUCGUUUAGCAAAAGAUCACAAACAAGUUGAUGAUGGUGAUGCUGCUGAACUAAUUCGAUAUUUUAAGAAUAAAUCGAAUGAAGAUGCAUUAUUCUAUUGGGAUUUCCAGGUUGAUGAAAACAAUAGGAUGUGUAACUUUUUUUUUAGAGAUGGUCGGUGCCGCCUUGAUUAUGAAGUUUUUGGUGAUGUUCUUUCAAUUGAUACAACUUAUAAAACCAAUAAAUACAAUUUGAUUUGUGCACCUUUCACUGGCAUUAAUCAUCAUAAGAACAAUGUGAUGUUUGGGUUGGCUUUUAUGUCAAAUGAAACAGAGUCGUCUUUUCAAUGGUUAUUUAGUACGUUUCUUGAGUCUAUGGGUGGUAAACAACCCGAAAGUGUCUUCACGGAUCAAUGUCAAGCAAUGAUGAAUGCAGUUGAAAUUGUAUUUCCAAAUUCGCUACAUCGAUUGUGUCAGUGGCAUAUAUGUCAAAAUGCUCCCUCGCAUUUCGGUAGUUUAAAUAAUAAUUCUGAGUUCAAGAAUAUGUUUUAUAAGUGUAUGGAAUUUUGUGAAUCUGAAGAAGAGUUCGAGAAUGUAUGGAGUAAAAUGAUCGCUGAUUACAAUCCGUAUGACCAUUCAUGGUUGAACAACAUGUACAAGUUGAGAAAUAAGUGGUCUACGGCAUUUAGUAAACAUAGAUUCAGUGCUGGACUUAAAGCUACUUCAAGAAGUGAGGGCACAAAUUCUACUUUGAAAGUUGGUGGUAAAAGUACACAUAGUUUGUUUGAGUGUGUUGUUCGAUUCGAAAAAGUUCAGAACACGUGGCGUCAAGAUGAAAGAGAAAAUGACUUUAAAUGCCGUCGUGGAAUGCCGACACUUGUGGUAAAAACUAAUUAUUUACUGAGAGAUGCAGCAGCAGUUUAUACUCACACUAUAUAUAACAUGUUCCAAUCAGAACUGUUAAAUUCAUUGGGGAUCGAUCUUGUUGGAGAGCCUUUACGUAUUGAUACUUUAAUCCAGUUUAAAGUAAGAUCACAAGGCAGUUCAGGUCAAGUUUGUAAAGUUGAGUUUUUUUUGGACUCGCAUGAAGUAAAUUGCAGUUGUCAACUAUUUGAAUCUGUUGGUAUAUUGUGCAAGCAUGCAUUGCUGGUUUUUAAAGAAAUGAAUGUGCAUAAAUUACCCACAAGGUACAUAAAAGUGAGAUGGACAAAAGGUGUAAGAGAUGUAGUGCACUUCAACGAUGAGAACUUAUUUUCAAGUAACCAAGAAUCUGAUACAGUGUAUGUAAAUCAUGCAAUGAGAUUUUGUUAUGAUCUUACGAUGCGGAGCAAAUUUCAUCCAGAAGCUAGAGAUUUAGUGAGAAGUGGGUUCGAGGGUGUCCUUUCGAAUCUGAAUUCAUUACUUGAUAAAUUGGAUUUGAGCAAUACUCAAGCAGAUAUAGUGAUAGACGGUUCUCAAGUUAAAAGUUCAGAUGCUAUGGAAGAACAAAGCGUUAUAAACGAUGAGCUUGUGAGGAAUCCUCUUUAUGUGAAGUCAAGAGGAGUGAAUAAUCUUCGUCUCCCAAGCCAUUGGGAUUUGAAAAGCAAAAGAGGAAAAACGAAAAUUGAGUCUUCAACUCUGAAGUACUAUAAGGUUCUUCAGACAUCCAUGACCUGCAAGUUGUUGAUAAUCGACCCGACUACCUCUGACCGCUCGAUCGCAGGCGAGAUCCACGCCGACGGCACCACCGGCGGUUGUUCCUCAGUCGACGCCCUCGUUUCGGCGGUGACCGUUGUGCCUGCCUCGCCGCACUCUCCAUCUUCUGCCUUGCCGCACCCUCUAUUUUCGUUGCAGAGUUUCGUUUACGGAAGCCAGAAGAAAGAAAAUCAAAAGCCAAAAAUCAAUCGAACCACGAAGAAGAAGAAUUGCAGUAGUGGGGGAAAGAGACGUAUGAUUACGGGAGUAAUUGGAGAAAAAAUAGGAAAUAUUUGA